ACGUCUAUAAGAUGUGCCUUUGGUACGUCAGUUAAACACGCCUUAUGUUUAUUUUUAUUUUAUUAAUGUUAUUGAAGGCUUCCUUAGUUACGUGAUUCAUUAUCGUAAGAUGGAUAUUGUUUUAAUGUUUCGUUUUGUUAGUCUGCGUACUAAACACAGCUGGCACGUCUCAUGAGAGCGUAUGUUUAGUUCUCUUUAUUAAGUAGCAUGAAGCCCCACAAAAAAAGAAAUUUGAAUAGACGUAGUGUACGAUGUUUAUAGUAAGGAAUGCUCUAACAUUUGUUAUGAAAGUAAAAGCUUGAUUUAGUGCAAAACUUUUAAUUGAAGUCAGUGUAACAGUAGUUGCACACUUCUAGCAAAGUAAUGUUCUGAGCCAGAAUCUUAGGCCAAAUCUCUCAAGUCUCCCUGAUUUUGCCUCAUAUGUGUGAUCUGCCCAUCAUACAUUUAGUGGAAUAUAAUUACCUAGAAUGCAGUUGCUAAAGAACGGUAGCAGUUCUUCAUGAUUUGCAGACACCCAGGCCUAUAUCACAAGUUUCUAAAUAUCUUCAAAAAGAUGGUGGAUUCAGAAGACUCAGAAAAACUGAACAUGUUGGGAGAAACCCUGUAUAACAAGAUAUACCCAGUGUACCCAAACAGUGCCAGCAAACUAACGGGAAUGUUGCUGGAGCUGCCUCUGUUGAUGCUUGAACAGAUGGUAGAAGAUGAUCAGCUUUUAUCCAGGGGACUAAAAAAAGCACUUGAUACCCUAACACAGACAUCAGCGAAGAGCUACAAAGAACUACAAAAAACUGAAGUGCAAUGUGAUUCUAUGGAAACACUUGGGGAAGAACUAUAUGAUCUAGUAGAUGUUUACAAAACUGGGCACAGUGAGAAAAUAACUGGGAUGCUUUUAGAACUUGGUAAGGAACAAGUAAAACAACUACUGGUGGACCCUCAUCAGUUGGAAAGAUGUAUUCACACUGCACUGAAAACCCUGCAACAAGCAGAAGCGCCAGAAAAGCAGAAAACGUUGAAUCUGGACAGCAAAAAUAUAAAAGAAAAGCUUGCAGAGAAGCUGUUUACUGAGGUAGAGAAUAUUGAUGCAAAUAAUUCUGCCACCAUCACAGGCAUGUUGUUGGAGAUGGAAUCAUCUUUCCUUCAUACCAUAAUUAAUGACAAGAAGGCAAUUGAAGAUGCUGUGACAAGGGCCCAGGCUGCCUUAACUGAGUCCCCUGUACCCCAGCAAUCAUCAUCAUCACAACGGAUGGAUGAAGACAGUGACAUGGACAGUGAAACAGAAAUGCUUGGAGAAGAUCUUUAUAAUUUCAUUAGCUCUACACAGUACACAGAUCAUGCAGAAAAGAUAGCAGGUAUUCUGCUUGAGAUGCCCCACAGUAUCUUAAGAAAACUUCUAACAUCACCAGAGGAACUGAAAGAAAAAAUCAAGUGUGCUGCCAAAGUCCUCGAAGAUGCACUUUAGUGACUGUUGUCAAUUUCACAGUUAUGGUGAUAUGUAUGAAAUGAAAGCACUCUGUUCAGUUUUCAAGUCUUAGUUUUGAAAUGGAAGUUAAUAGGUCUGAUGCUGUUUUUUUUUAAACUCCCUCUGCAGGACCCUGCCAAGAUGGCUCCACUACCUAUACCUAACCCCACAGUUGGCUGUUAAGUUCCUCUCCAGUGAGAGUCAGAUGAUAAGGAGCAGGCCAGCUUUAGGUACUGCAGAGUGGCACACCUUUAUGUCUGUGUAGGCAGCUUGCUAGUACAAUGUAGCUGCCUGGCUAGGGGCGAGGUACAUGCUUUCCUAUGCACUUCUGUCUCAUCCAUCUCAGUGGUGUACAUGCACUGCCAGCAGUAUGAGGUUGCCCAACAUCUUUCAAUGGUGAUCACCUGCCGUCCGGUGGAUAUUAUGGUCUAGUGGACCAAACAACCUUCUUUCCAGCAGGAUGAGUGAGCUGGUAUCAGCUGCCUCAUCUUCCAAUACCUAUUCCCUCAGGUGCCUGCACUGCUAAUCAAAAGAAGGUCACCUAGGAUAUAGUCAGCACUUCAUCAGUUUGCACCAUGGGGCUGGGCCGAGUGCAGCUGGUUUUUGAAAAAGAAGUACACAGCUGUGUAGUGCACACAGUAGUGUGUGGUCUGAGUGUGUAUAAGCAAUAUUCAGCUGAGAUUUUCUUUCUGUUUUUUGUGCUGUUUUCUUCUGGUAUUGUAAUUUACAUCAAUGUUUAUUUCAGAGUAAACUUGUAAAGGAUGUUACUUUCUGAAAAAAGUAUAAGCUACAAGUCUUAAAUUAGAAGUGAUAAAAUUUUAAUAAUGGUUCCUGUGGACAUUAUUUUUGCGAGCUGUGAAUUGCUAUGCAGGUAAAGGCAUACUGCAGAAUUCUAGCUUUUUCUCCAUAGAUAUGUUUAAAUGAUGAUUUAGUGAGUCUGAUAAUAUCUUCUUAGUUGUCUCAGUGAGUAAUUGUGAUCUCUAAAUGUAAGUUUUGUUCUUAGAGGUGGGCAGUAGCCAGUAUAACGUAUUUUAAAUAAGGGUGCCAAGGGGCAGUGUUGCUGUACUUGUGACAGGACACCUAUCGUAAUUGCAUACAAUACCAGAUGGAAUUAUUGUAUGAUGGCAGUCACAUCAGUUGUUUUUAGACUGAAAUUAAACUGGAAAUGAAAAUAACAUCAGAAGUGGGAAAUUGUAACACUAAAGUUUAAAAGUAAUGAUAGCUACAAUUUUGAAGUACUUGCAAUAAAAAUGUCUAACUUUGAA